UAUUGAACCAGUCAUCAAUCGGUUUCACGUGACGGCCAGUAUUUUGGCGAAGACUACAUUUGUUUGUAUGAAAAAUGAUGUAUCCAUAUGUGGUUUUACUGCUCGCAGUAACAGUAUGCUGUAAUGCAGAUGCCAAUUAUAUUAUAGGCACAGGAAUUUCAGACAUUACAGGACCAGCUGCAGAAGUUGACAUGAUGGGAUAUGCCAACCCAGCACAAACCACACAUGGAAUACAUUUGAGACAGUACAGCAGAGCAUUUAUUAUCUCUGAUAUAAAGAACAGCAGUCGCAUAGUAUUUGUCAAUACAGAUUCAUGCAUGCAAUCUCAAGGCUUAAAGUUAGAGAUAAUAAAACGAUUAAAAUCUAAGUAUGGUAACUUAUAUACUGAAAGGAAUGUAUGUAUCAGUGGAACGCACACGCAUUCUGGACCGGGUGGAUUCCAUCAAUAUCUUCUUUAUGAUAUUACAUCUCUUGGUUUUGUCAAAGAGACUUUUGAUGCUUUGGUAGAAGGAAUUGUUAUGAGUAUAGAAAGGGCUCACAAUAACCAGAAGCCAGGCAAUAUCUAUGUAAACAGUGGAGAAUUGUUGGAGAGUAAUAUAAACAGGAGUCCUACAUCUUAUUUGUACAACCCACCAGAAGAAAGAGCCAGAUACAAGUAUGAUGUAGAUAAGAACAUGACUGUACUAAAGCUGGUUGAUGCUGAAGAGAAGGACAUCGGAAUGAUAAGUUGGUUUGCAGUUCAUUGUACGAGUAUGAAUAACACAAACCAUUUAAUCAGCAGUGAUAACAAAGGAUAUGCAGAACAACUGUUUGAGAUGAACAAGAAUGGAGGAGCCUUCCCAUCAUUGGAAAAGGGUAAAUUUGUUGCUGCUUUUGCUCAAGCUAAUGAAGGUGAUGUUUCUCCAAAUACAGCUGGUCCCAGGUGUUUAGAUACAGGGAAACCAUGUGAUUCACCACACAGUACAUGUAAUGGCAGGAAUGAAAUGUGUGUAGCUUUUGGACCAGGAAAAGAUAUGUUUGACAGUACAAAAAUCAUUGCAGAAAACCAAUAUAAAAAGGCAUUGGAACUAUAUAAUUCCGCCAAAACAAUGUUGACAGGUCCAGUAGAUUUCCGCCAUUCUUAUGUAGAUAUGACAAAAGUUGAGGUGCAGCUUAAUGCUACAACUAAGGUAAAAACCUGUAAACCUGCCAUGGGAUACAGCUUUGCUGCAGGAACUACUGAUGGACCUGGGGCAUUUAAUUUUGAACAAGGAUCUAACUCAACCAACCCAUUCUGGAACCUGAUAAGUAGUUUCCUGAAAGCACCAACAACUGAACAAAUAGCAUGUCACAAACCAAAACCUAUAUUGCUGGAUACUGGAGAGAUGUCAUCUCCAUAUAUGUGGGAACCAGAAAUUGUAGAUGUUCAGUUGUUGAGGAUAGGGCAAUUAGCUUUAAUUGCUGUUCCAGCAGAAUUUACUACUAUGUCAGGCAGAAGAACUAGAGAUGCAGUGAAAAAGACUCUAGUUAUGAACGGGUUCCCUGCAGAUACCAUUCCAGUUAUUGCAGGACUAUCUAAUGACUAUGCUGAUUAUGUUGCAACAUUUGAAGAAUAUCAGGCACAGAGAUAUGAAGCAGGAUCUACUAUUUUUGGUCCACACACAUUAGAGGCAUAUAUACAACAAUUUGAGAUAUUAGCUGAAGCCAUGGCUAAGGGAACACCUGUGUCACCUGGACCUGUUCCUCCAAAUCUGUUAGACAAACAGCUGUCAUUUCUUUUGCCAGUUGUAUUUGAUCAUGCACCAUUUGGUUCACAUUAUGGUGAUGUUGUGGUUGAUGCCAAACCUUCAUACAAACAAGGAGAUUCAGUUGUGGUUAAGUUUAUUGGAGCCAAUCCAAGGAAUGACAGAAAGUGGGAGAACACAUUCCUGACCGUUGACAUGUUAGGUCCUGGUCAAAACUGGACAACUGUUUACACAGAUGGACAAUGGCCGACAAAAUUUGAAUGGCAUUCAACCAGCAUGUUGCUAGGUGAAAGUGAAGUUACCAUUACAUGGGAUAUUCCUGCUGACCAACAGAUAGGAACUUAUCGUAUUCAGUACUUUGGAAAUUGGAAAGAAAUAAGUGGAUCCAUUACAACAUUUCAUGGAAAAACAAAUCAAUUCAAAGUAACUUCGCUCAAAGACUUUUACAAAAGAAAGCUUCAAAAGUCAACAUUAAAAGAAAAAAUUAGGCAGAACAUGGCAUUGACAAAUGAUAUUCUUGCAUCAAAAUUUAAAAUUGCACAAAAUAUAGGUUGAUUGAAUUUGUGAACAUAUCUGUGUAGAGUUCAUUCCAGGCUACUUAAUCAUGGGUAAAUGUAUGCUAGUCAUAUUUGUUUGAAGUGAUUUCAACAUUUAUCUCUAUAAUUAUAUUUGAUUGUUACUAAUUUAUUUAAAUUGUUUUAUAAUUUUGUAAUUAAACCGAUCUUGUUUUUGAA